AUGGCCAAGGCCAAUUUAAGAUCAAGCAUUAAAGCUUUCCAUGUCUUUGGCCUCUUAUUUCUGGUGCUACUAGUUCAAAAGGGCAAUGCAUUUCAGUUCAAAGUUGGUGGUUCCAAUGGCUGGGCACCUCCUGCUGAUCCUAACUCAAACAGCCACAAUCAGUGGGCUGAGCAGAACAGAUUCCAGAUCGGCGAUUCGCUCUUAUUCGAAUACUCAGGCAACAGUGACUCAGUGCUGUAUGUGAAUAAGGAUGACUACACAAAUUGCAACACAGACAAACCAAUCCAGAAAUUCACUGAUGGCCACACAGUCUUCAAGUUUGAACACUCGGGACCAUAUUAUUUCAUCAGUGGAGUGAAAGAUAACUGCCUCAAGAACGAAAAGCUGGUCAUCGUGGUGCUGGCCGACAGAAGCCACCGCGCUCCUCCUCCAUCCAAUGAAACAGCAACAUCUCCUCCUUCUCCAACUCCAACUACUUCUCCCUCACCUUCGCCGCCAGCUGAGGCUCCGUCGCCUCCAUCCCCUGCACCGACAUCAGAAGGAUCAUCACCUUCUCCUCCUGCAAACCCAACUCCGGCUCCAUCCCAACAAUCAUCUCCACCUCACAAGAACGGUGCAUCUUCAAUUCUUACCAGCUUCUUUGCCACCAUGGGAGCCUUUGCCGGAUCAUCCCUCCUGCUGUUCUUCUGA